AAAAUUGAACAAAAAGACCUCACAUGACGACAUCUCCUCACAUGAUCCAAAAGAAGAUGUUCCACUUCGUAUUCUAAGGGAACGUAGAAAAUCGAAAAAAACCUCCGCAAAUACUAUUAGAACAUCUGCUUCUGCUGAUUCCGCCGCAACAGUUAACAAAUACAAAAUUCAAACGUUAACUGAAUAUCAGCAAAUGACAAAUCACUUCGAACAACAAAUAAAAACAUAUAAUAAGAUCAAAAGAUCUUUGAACUUAUAUAUCAUGAAGUCUAACGAAAUUAGAACGGAAAUGAAUUAUUCCGAUUCUUCGAAUUUUUUGGAAAAUAAUUUGGAAAAAGUUAAGAAAUUAUUUGGGGAUGAUUCGAAAUGUCAAGAAGAAAUUAAAACAUUUUAUGAAUUACAAAUUGAUCUUAAGGCGGUGGUAGAAGGGUGUAACAAGGCAGUGAAAGAUGGGAUAUAUGAAUAA